UCAGUAGAUAACCACAUGAUAACUGCAAGACUCGAAAAAAGCCGUAUAAAAGCUCCGAGUUGCUCGCAAAGUGCGAAUAGUGUAUACACUCGCGGUAUAACGGUCAGCACAAAUGCGCUCUAAAUGCUUAAAACUAAUAUUUUGAGUUAUGUCGGUCUGGGCUUGCUAAUACUCAUCGCCGCUGUCAAGGCGCAACACGAGCCACACUGGUGGGCCGAGCGCAAUACGAUUGUACAUCUCUUCGAAUGGAAGUGGACGGAUAUAGCCAGAGAGUGCGAGCGUUUUUUAGCACCGCGCGGUUUUGCCGGCGUACAGGUCUCACCCGUCGCUGAGAAUGUAGUGAUCGCCGGACGUCCAUGGUGGGAACGUUAUCAGCCGGUCUCGUACAAACUGAUUACACGUUCCGGCAAUGAGUCGGAGUUCGCCGAUAUGGUGCGCAGAUGUAACGCUGUUGGCGUGCGUAUUUAUGUCGAUGUGCUGCUCAAUCAUAUGGCUGCCUCGUAUGAUGGUGUCGUUUAUGGUACGGGGGGCUCGAUUGCCUAUCCAAACGCGAAGUACUUUCCUGCCGUGCCUUAUACAGCGCAGGAUUUUCAUUCGACUUGCGAUAUACAGGAUUGGAACGACCGUUUUCAAGUGCAAAAUUGUUAGUUGGUGCGCCUGAAAGACUUGGAUCAGAGUAGUGACCGUGUGCGUGCAAAACUGCUGGGAUUUCUGAAUCAACUCAUUGAGUUAGGUGUGGCGGGUUUUCGUGUAGAUGCCGCCAAGCAUGUGCCGGCGGAAGAUUUGAAGCUAAUUUAUGAGAGCAUGCAUGAUCUCAACACCGCGCAUGGUUUCGCGCGCAAUGCGCGUCCUUUCAUCUAUCAGGAAGUCGUCGAUUAUGGUUUCGAACAGAUCAGCAAAUAUGAGUACAGUCCGCUAGGCGCUGUGACCGAAUUUCGUUUCUCGGAAGAAAUAGGUGGCGCCUUUCGUGGUUAUAAUCAACUUAAGUGGCUGCGUAACUGGGGUACCGAGUGGAGCUUCUUACCCUCCGAGCACGCUUUCGUCUUUGUCGAUAACCACGAUAAUCAACGCGAAGGUAACAAUGUGCUCACCUAUAAAAAUGCCAAGCAAUAUAAGAUGGCCAACGCUUUCGCAUUAGCCUAUCCUUACGGCAUAAUGCGCGUGAUGAGCUCUUUUGAUUUCCAAGAUCAUGAUCAGGCACCGCCAGCCGAUGAAAAUGAGCAAAUACUCUCACCGCAGUUCGACGCCGAUGGCGCUUGUGUUAAUGGUUGGGUGUGUGAGCAUCGCUGGCGUCAAAUCUAUAAUAUGGUGGGCUUCAAGAAUGCAGUGCGCGGCACCGAAGUGUCCAAUUGGUGGGACAAUGACGAUAAUCAAAUUGCCUUCUGUCGUGGUAAUCGUGGUUUUAUCGCCUUCAAUGGCAAUGGAUGGGAUCUGAAGGAGCGUUUACAUACUUGUCUGCCAGCGGGUGUUUACUGUGAUGUGAUCUCUGGUGCGCUGGUGAACGGGAAAUGCACGAGUAAAACGGUGGUUGUGGACGAGUGGGGUUAUGCCGACAUUGAUUUGGGCGCAAAUGAGUUCGAUGGCGUCUUGGCCAUACAUGUAAAUGCCAAGUUAGAAGAGCACAAGGAGCGCAAGGCAGAAAAUAUGAUAGGAAUGCUGAUAAAGGAAGUUUAUUCCGAGUGUCACAUAUACUAUGUGUUGCAAAAUCAAUUGCCGUUUAUAGAGCUAAGUGAAACCGAAACCGCAUUUACGGAAAAGAAAGAAAAAGUUUUGAGUAUUGACUCUCCAAUUGCGAAGGAAGAGAUUAUUGUGAAUACACCAAAUAUUAGUAAUAAAGUGGCAUACAUUUUAGAUAUUUUACCUGAGUCGUAUUAUUUACGUUGUGACUUCUAGUAUCAAGCACUGCGC